AAGUGUGAUUUCUCAUUCAACAACAGCCUUGGCCUCGUCCCUGUCGCCCUGCUCGUCUCUAUGCUCCCCAACGUGCCCUUCACGCAGGGCGUGCUGCACAGCAAGAAAGGGGCGCCAGUGCUGGCGGGGACGCUGAAGCCAGAGUGCAAAGCGGUCAACUUUCUGAAUAUGAAGCUACGCAAGUGCCCUGCCUUCGUGGUCAUACCUCCCUCCUCAACACGCAAGCCCCUCAUCCCUCCCUGCCCCUCCAUUCGCCUUGCCACCACCACCCUGAACGUCAAACGAAUACCGGCAUACAGUGGGGCAUGCUUCACGGUGCACUUGUCUACCCUCACCAUCAAGAUAGGCAGUGGACCCAAGGGCAUGGUGCGACUGUCGCCAGAGGACGGCAACACCCAGUUUCCUGAG